AAUUUGAAACCAUACGAGAAGAAUCUUUUUAAAGUGGAAGUUCGUGGACGUGUGCUUGAGAAGAGUGGAAUGUGGCUGAUGAUGUCGGAUAAGAAAUACAGGCCGUGCGUGGCUGAAUUCAUAUCCCGGAUAAAUCGGCUAACUUACCCUAAUGCCGUGUCCUCCAUGCCAGCUAUCGGGAAGCGAUCGAUCCCUUUCUCGGUACCUCCAUUCUCGCGUCCUCCUUUCUUUCUCCCCCGGUAGUCCAACGCCUUUCCUCUCCCCUUUCACCCUCACACACACACUCUCUCUCUCUCUCUCUCUCUCUCUCGUUCUCUCCCACUCCCACACUCUCUCUCUCUCUUUCUCACUCUCUCUCUCUCUCCCUCUCUCUCUCUCUCUCUCUUUCUUUCUUACUCGCAACCCUUUUAAUUCUUCAACGAAGAAGGCCAAUAGCGGCAAACUCGAGACUUUCUCUCUUCUUCGAAAGCCGGUGAGCUUACAUCUUGACGGUAUAACGUACUAACGGCUGCCAAUAACGAUGACGAUGGUGAUUGUGCCGCUGGUGCCGCCGCUACUGCUGCUCUACUGAUGCAGAACGCGCACACUCUCGCAUCAGUCCUCCGCGGACGCACGACGACGAUGACGACGACGAUGACGACGACGACGACGACUAUGAUCUGUGUAUUCUUCUCCUCGUGUUCUCUCAAUAGUACGUAAUAGCCCUGCGCGAGAGAGAAUAUUACGUAGCACGCCCACCAUCAUCACCACCACCACCACCGCCAUCGCACGACAACGCUUCGCACCCCUUAUUGUGAAACACGACAUGCGCCGAAUCUAAGGGAGAGCAUAUAAAAAAUUGGAGAUCAAGAUAUUUCGUCCUCAGAGAUGAUGGUACUUUGGUCGGUUUCAAAGCUAAACCAGAUCAACAAAUGGCAGCUACAGCUCAACCAUUAAAUAAUUUCACAGUACGUGGAUGUCAAAUAAUGUCUGUGGACAGACCUAAACCAUAUACAUUUGUGAUCAGGGGUCUACAAUGGACAACCGUGAUCGAAAGGACUUUUCAUGUAGAAACAGAACAGGAAAGAGAAGACUGGGUAGCAGCAAUUAGGUAUGUAGCCGAUAGAUUAGAGAAUGAAGAACAACAACAACAACAGCCACAAAUGCAACAAUCUUCUUCAUCAGAAGAUAUCGAUAUGGAAUCUAUGGGAGGUGGGAGGUCAGAUUCAUGUGGAUCUCUUAGUGUAGUCUCUGCAGACAUUGAUGGCGGCAGUAUCGAUGAAUUAUCUGCUAAGUUCAGUGUACAGGGAACUUCAAGUAGUAAAAGCAGUGGCAAGAAGAAAGUAACUCUUGAAAAUUUUGAAUUCUUAAAAGUUCUAGGAAAAGGUACAUUUGGAAAAGUAAUUUUAUGUAGAGAAAAAGCAACAGGACAUUUAUAUGCUAUUAAAAUUUUAAGAAAAGAAGUUAUCAUUCGUAAAGAUGAAGUUGCACACACGCUCACAGAGAAUAGAGUUUUACGUACUACAAGCCAUCCUUUUUUAAUUUCUUUAAAAUAUAGUUUCCAAACGGCAGACAGAUUAUGCUUUGUAAUGGAAUAUGUAAAUGGCGGAGAAUUAUUUUUUCACUUAAGUCGAUCUCGUAUAUUUACUGAAGAUCGUACUCGAUUUUAUGGAGCUGAAAUAAUUUCAGCAUUGGGCUAUCUUCAUUCUCAGGGUAUCAUUUAUCGUGAUUUAAAAUUAGAAAAUCUCCUUUUGGAUAAAGAUGGGCAUAUAAAAAUUGCUGAUUUUGGUUUAUGUAAGGAGGAUAUCACAUAUGGGAGAACUACAAAAACAUUUUGUGGGACACCCGAAUAUUUAGCACCUGAGGUACUGGAAGAUAAUGAUUAUGGACGAGCAGUAGAUUGGUGGGGUGUGGGUGUUGUUAUGUAUGAAAUGAUGUGUGGUCGAUUACCUUUUUAUAAUAGAGAUCAUGAAAAACUUUUCACACUUAUUCUAUUAGAAGAAGUAAAAUUUCCCAGAACUAUUAGUAAUGAGGCAAAAGACAUGUUGGGUGGACUUUUAAUUAAAGAUCCCAGUAGAAGAUUGGGUGGUGGACCUAAUGAUGCAAAGGAUAUAAUGAAUCAUGCAUUUUUUUCAUCAAUUGACUGGUCAGAUCUUGUACAGAAAAAAAUACCACCGCCUUUUAAACCACAAGUUACAUCAGAUACCGACACGAGGUAUUUUGAUAGUGAAUUUACCGGCGAAAGUGUCGAACUUACACCUCCUGACCAAGGUUGUUUAGGAAGUGGAGGUGGUUUAAAUUCUAUUGCAGAAGAACAGGAACAUUUUCCUCAGUUUUCUUAUCAAGAAAGCCAUUCUGCUGCAACUUCUUCCAUUGUUUCUAUUAAUCACUGACAAUACCAUAAGGUUUUUGGAUUCUUAUGUUGAAGUGUGUGAUGAAGUGCAUGGAGAAUCAGGUAGAUGUAUAUUUAAGAACUGUCCGAAGCUUAAAUAUUCUUGAAAUAUAGAUCAGUCAGAUUUCUGUCGAUUUUUGAUGCUUUUUUGUGCAUCUACUAUAGUUUGA